CUAUGCCACCUAGAAUUGCAAGCAAAAAUUGCAUCUAAUCGCGUGUCUAUGCUUACUGGUCCAGUAGAAGCAGUUCUAGAAAAAGAGAUAGAAGUUGGCUUAAACCUACUCAAAGAUCUAGUAAGGAAGAUGCGCAGCAUUUUGACUCCAUUUAUGGCAGAUUUGAAAUCGUCGGAAACUUCAGAAGAUAAGAGCAUGGACGAUAGGGAUGCUCAACUCAACGUAAGUCUGCGGGGUUGUCCGUGCCAGCGCGGUGCAAGCGCCAUGCCAGCUCCGUGCCCCAGGCAUCUGAUUAUAAUGGAACGGCGCACAAAAUCCUUAUCUGUCUGCCAAAAACACUUGAAAAAUGCUCAGAUGAGUGGUCAAAUGGAAGGAGAUGUCAAUGACGUUGUAAACAUAACUGAUAGUCUGGAUGAUGAGCUCCAAGCAAAUUUACACAUGCUGCUUGUGGAAAUGCCAAGAUUGGAAAAUGUAGUGCUGAAAACAGCAUCGAAAGUGGUACAAGCAUUGUUUAUCUUCUUCGUCUAUACUAUUUUUCGUGAUGCUGUGAAAAUGAUAGAAAAUUAUAAGACCGAUGUGGAUUUCAAUAAUCGUUUUAUUACUGGCGUAUUUUGGCAAAUUGACCAUCAUCGUGAGUUACUUGGUCAGCAGGCAAUUCGUUAUAUUUCGAAAGCUGAAAUGCGAGAAUGGAAUGAACGCAAUUUUAGCCCUCCAACCCGUGGGGAACUGAAUCAAGCCAGAUUUGCGCUGAUGACUUGGUUUGUCGCUGCCUUUGUUGCUGCUUUACUGAUAUUUAUGGACUACUACCUAUACGCAUUCUUGAAUGCGGUAAGUGUUCACCACAAACGGCGGUCCCGUGCCAGCGCCCUCUAA